AUUGAUUUGCAAUAUCCAUGAACAUGAGCGCAUAGGCCUGAAAUUACAAGUAAAAGAACAGGAGCAACAUAGAAGUGUGUGACAUGCUGCAACAAAUCUUAUCCUGAUUUCUGACCUCCUCCGACCCGUAAAGCUUUCCUCAGAUUAAGACCACCAAAAUCAUUCGUCGGAUCAUGCACCAGUCAACCAGAAGACCCAAUCUUUUAGAAUCCCAAGGAAAUAAUGUCGUGCCAUGUCAUCAUUUCCGUGCGAUAAAGUUGCCUUUUCUACAUACGGUUUCGUCCAUUGCGCCACUGGUCCCUCUCUCUCUCUCUCUCACUCGGCUCGAGUGCCACUUCCUGACGAACCCUCUAGCCUUCCUCAAUCUUUGCAAGUCAUUGGCAUGGAAGAACCCAAUAGUCUGGAAAAUGUUCUUGAUUCCAACGUCGAUCAUGGGUUCCUGCAUAGUCGGGAUGAGUUCCCUAGAUUUGAGUGCAAAGAUAGCGUGAAGUCCGAAAAUUUGCUUGAUGUGCUGAAGUGUCGUCUGAUCAAAUGGACUAUAGAUGGAGUAGACAUGGUGUUUAAGGAUCAGAAAUCGCUGAAAUCUAACCCCUUUGCAAGUGGCCUUGGAAAACAGUCAUUUUUAAGUGACAAUCCGCUUCGUUCAUCGACUGAUCAAAAUGGUAGUGGUUGGAACACUACUUCACAGAGUUGCCAGGAUUGUGCAGAAAGUAAUUAUCAAGCAAAAAGAGAUAAAGCAAGUUCUACUAUGCAAGAAAUUGAAAGGGCAUGCUCGAAUUGUGACGAUCGUCAGGUCGAUUUGAGGAGAGAUCAAUUCGAUGCCACGAGCGAAUGGGAUAACGAACAUGCCCAUGUUCCGUCAGGAAGCUAUUAUGAUAAUUUUCCUUUCAACUUUCUACCUUUUCUUCCAUUACUGUUGAUAAAAUUUAUUGGAUUCCAACUCAACCUACCGGUUAGGAUUUUCACAUUUCCGAUAUGGUUAGCAUAUUUUCCGUUCAUGUUCAUGCUGUUUCCAUUUCAAACUCUUAAGGCACAGUAGAGGAUAUAUGAUGAGAAAGAUGUUUGGAAGGUGGGAUGUCACGUAUAUGAAUGUCACUUCUAGCGUAACUGAGUGUGAAUGCACGAAAAUCAGUGGUAGUGAGGGUUGGUCGGGCCAUCUUCUCGGUCAUCUACGUUUUGUGCAUGCUUUUAGCGUUGCUAGCAUCAGGUUUCGUACUAGGGGGUUUCAUGAUGAGACACCUGAUUGAGAAGCCCAUUCAGAAAGUCGAGACACUGAAUUUCGACUACACCAAAACAAGUCCUGUUGCUUUGGUGCCAAUCAUCUCUUCUUCUGUUAUUGGCAGUCGUUUCAUUCCUUACAACCAUAAAUUGCAGCUCACUGUUUCAUUAACGGUGCCUGAAUCUGAGUAUAAUCGAAAGCUCGGUGUCUUCCAGGUGAGGGUUGAAUUCCUGUCAGGAAAUGGUAAUAUCACAGCCUGUUCCAGUUAUCCGUGCACGCUGCGAUUCAAAUGCCAGCCGAUCCGCUUUGUUGAAAUCUUCCUUAAGAGUGCUCCACUUAUUGCUGGUUUCCAAUCAGAAUCCCAAGCUCUGAACAUAAAAAUGAACAAAUUCACUGAAGGGAUUGAGCCAACUGCCUGCUUGAAGAUGACACUAGAACCUCGAGCAGAAUACCAACAUGGUGCCGGUAUACCUCAAGUAUAUGCUGCAUCGGUAGCGCUUGAAUCUGAGCUCCCUAAGUUGAAGAAGAUUAUUUGGUACUGGAGGAGAACACUAUUUGUUUGGGCAAGUAUAAUGUCAUUCCUCACAGAGUUGGUGUUCAUCCUAGCCUUCUGCAGACCUAUGAUUGUCCAGGGAUCAGGAAAGCCAAGGAUUGGUUCAACUGCAAGGGAUUCUCAUUCAAACACCAUCUUCCGGAGCAAAAGAACCCGAAGAGAAGGCUUACUUUACAUAAAAAGGAUUUGAAGGAAUAAUAUUACAUUCAGAAUUAUUAAAUUUUUCGCCGUU